CUUACGUUCCCGCUGCGCUGCCCGGCGACUGCACAGGUGUAGGUAGGGUCCGGGCAGGGGGCGGAGCCAGCGCGGCUCAUAUACCUACAGUCUGUGUUACCCCCGAGUGUCCUCACAACCGCUGCAAGACCAGCUCCUCCUCCGCUCAGAAAACCUGUGAGUUCUUCCUUUUCCAUCUGGCGUCAUGCAGACCACGGACUUGGGAAGCAAAGAGACGGGAAAGAUCUGGCACAGGAAGCCGACGCCGGCCGCGAACGAUGGGAUUAUAGUGAACGUCCUCCAUGGAGCUGGGGGCUCCCAGGCCAAGACGAUGCGGUUUCUACAGGUUGCGUUUGACAGCUCUGGAGAUUGCUUCCUUGCUGGAGAUCAUUUAGGAAGUAUCUAUCUUUUCAACCUCAAUAGAAACAGGUUCGAUCUUGUGCAGAGAACGCAGCAGGCCUGCACUGCUCUGGCGUUUAAUCUGCAUAGGAAAUCUGAAUUCCUCGUGGCUUUGGCCGAUUAUUCUGUCAAGUGUUUUGACACAGACAACAAGGAGCUGGUGAGCUGGAUGCGUGGACACGAUUCUACCGUCACAUCCAUCUCCGUACAUGGCUCAGGCAGGUAUGGCGUCACAACAUCCAGCGAGACCGCUCAGCUCUGGGACUUGGACACCUUCCAGAGAAAACGGAAGCUGAACGUUCUCCAGUCAGUAGGGAUACAAAAGGUAUUUUUCCUACCGUUAAGUAAUACAAUCCUGAGUUGCUUUAAAGAUAAUUCCAUCUUUGCCUGGGAAAGUGAUACCCUCACCUGCAAAUACCAGCUGCCAGCGCCAGAGGGUGGAUCGGUUUUCCAGUAUAAAGCUUUUGCCAUUACAAGGGACGGGAGGAUGUUGGCCGCCGGAGGAAAAUCCAACAACCUGCAUCUGUGGUGCUUGAGCUCCAAGCAGCUGUUCAGAAUUAUCCAGAUGCCCAGUACGGUGCGCAGCGUGCGCCAGUUGGAGUUCCUUCCUGAUAGCUUUGAUGGUGGCUCCAGCCAGGUCUUAGGGGUUUUAAGUCAAGAUGGAAUAAUGAGAUUCAUCAAUAUUCAGACUUGCAAACUUGUGUUUGACAUUGGAAGUCAUGAUGAAGGCAUAGUGACAUCAUCCGUAAGUCCAAACGGUCGAUACAUCGCCAGCAUCUUGGAAAAUGGCAGCAUAAACCUGUACAACGUGCAAGCUUUGACCAAAGAAAUCAAUAAGCCACCUCCACCGUUAGUAAAAGUAGUGGACUUAACUAAAGACAAAGACUCUACAGCUAAUAAGUCUGGAACCACGAGUGAGAAAGUGAACGUUUCAGCUGGACGACCAUGCCGGCCUUGGAAGUCCAAACAAGAAGUAGUGAAGACUAAGUAUCUGCAGCCAGAUGAAUGUGACAUGUCUGAGAACAAAGAGAAUGAGUUGCAAAGUGGACUGAGCAAGCCAAGGCUCCGAGCCAUACUGAAGGGUUUUGGAGAAUAUCCAGCAAAAUACAGGAUGUUCAUCUGGCGUUCACUGCUCCAGUUGCCCGAGAACCAUGCCGCCUUCAGCAGCCUCACCGACAAGGGCACACACCCCCAGUACAUCCUGCUUCACCAGGAAUACCCCCUCAAGAGUAGAAAGCUAUUGAGGGUACUACAGAGGACACUCUCUACCUUGGCCCACUGGUCUGCAAUAUUUGGAGAAACAAAGUACUUACCCCUCUUGGCCUUUCCAUUUGUAAAACUUUUUCAGAACAACCAGCUCAUCUGCUUUGAAGUUGUGGCCACAGUGAUAACCAAUUGGUGUCAGCAUUGGUUUGAGUACUUCCCGAAUCCUCCAAUCAACAUUCUUGGCAUGGUUGAGAAUGUGUUAGCUCAUCAUGACAAGGAGCUUCUCCAGCACUUUGUGAAGUAUGACGUCACAUCUCAGGUUUAUGCGUGGCCUCUGCUGGAAACUCUCUUUUCUGAGGUUUUAACAAGAGAAGAAUGGCUGAAGCUGUUUGAUAAUGUGUUUUCCAAUCAUCCAGCCUUCCUGCUGAUGGCGGUGGUUUCCUAUAUCCUGAGCUCACGCUCUCCAUUACUGCACUGCAGCCAGAAAGAAGACUUUGAGUAUUUUUUCCAUCACCGGAAUAACCUGGAUAUCGGCGCGAUGAUUAAAGAGGCCUACCACGUCAUGGACGCUACACCAGCGGAGAUUCACCCACAGCACCUCCUGAAUGAAUUUGUGCCUCUUACGAAGGGUCAGUAUCCGGUGUUCAACAAGUACCCCAAAUUCAUCGUGGACUAUCAGAGCCAAGAGAGGGAGAGAAUCCGGCAGGAGGAGCUGGAGUACUUACGAGAGAGGCAAAUAUCCCAUGAGAUGGAGGCCGAGGCAUUAAGACGUAGAGCGGAGGAUGAAGCCUGGUACCAGCAACAAGAGCUUCUCCGAGGGGCAGAACAGCAGAGGCGGCAGCUUCUUAUUGAGGAGGAGCAAAGGCUCCUACAGCAGAGGCAAAGGCUGGCAGCUGUAAAGCGAGACCUGAAAAUAAAGGAGCUUCAGCUUCUAGAGGCCGCGAGGAAACGUUUUAUGAAAUAUCAACAGGAUCAAAGAAAGAUGGAACUAAGACGUCUGGAUGAUGAGAUCGAAAGGAAGAUGUGUGUACGGGAAAGGGAAACUGCCGCCGUGGUUCAGGACGUGGAGAUCCGGCAGAUGGAGCUGGAAGCUCAGAGACGCUUCUAUGAACAGCAAUUGGCCAAAGAGCUUGAGGCCGAAACACAGGAUGUGAAAGGAGAUUUGGAUGCCAGCAGGAGAAAGGCCCACCUGGAGGAACAGAUGUUCUGGAGGCUGAUGGAAACGGAGGAGGAUCUCAAAGACAAAAAGCUGCUGGAGGAGAGUUUGGCAAAGGCUGACCGAUUAUGUUCGGAGACCGAGUGGAAGCUCCAGGCUCUUCACAAACAAAAACAGGAUGACGUGCAGCGUGGGAAACAUUGCGAAGACGUGGCGAAAUUAGCGGACAGCAUCAAAGAGCAGGAAAAGCAGCUUUGUGGUGUCAUCAAAGAGUUGGAAGCAAGAAAGUGGGCAGAGGUUUCAAACAGGCAAUCACAGCUGGAGACGGAGCAGCUCUUAAAGUCUACAGCGGAUGCAGGGAGGAGGAAGUUCUUACAUGCAGGAAUGGUGCAGGAGGUGCAGCCGCAGGACGUCCUGCAGGAGACCGAGAGCGACUAUUCUGACCGGCUUGGUGACUUGAAUCUUUGUUCUCCAGAUCAGAUUUCUGUACAGGGUGAUAAAGAAGUUCAGAGCAAACCACAAAAUGUGUGUUUAAACGACGUCUCUUCCUCAAGCUCAUCUGCGCAUUUUUCUCUGGAUCGUGGAAGAGACAGCUUGGAUUAUAAGGAACGUGCUCUUAUGUCAGAAGUACGAGAGCUCAGACACAAACUGGCUUCACAGGCGCAGAGAAAAUACCGCACAUCACACUAUCCGGACACACAGUGGACUUGACCGCUGGUUCGGGGGAGGUUCUUUUAUUUAUCAGAAUUGUAUUUAUUCUUAGUCCUGUAUUUUCUUACCUAGAUUUGUACAGUUCAAUCACACGUCAGAGUGUAUAGGAUCAUUAAACACUUUUU